AUGAAAGUCAAGGUCAAUAAAGCAAGCCGGCUAGGAAGAAAAGACCUUAUUGGUAUUUAUGAAUAUAGAUAUAGAUCGUUCCAAUCGUCUUAUUCGUGUUGUAGUUUACCUUUUCAUUUUUAG